AUGACGUUGUCGAAUUCGGUUUAUCUUCAAAUCAUGCAAUCGGUGAAAGAGAAAACAAUCAAGCGGGAGUUUGAAGUGAAGGAGGAGGACGUCGUCAAUGACGAUGCAUUUAUCGGUGCCACUUACGACCUGGGUGGAAACGGUGUGAAACAAAAGGUGUUGAAGGGUAUUUCAGAUGAAGAAGUCUACAAAUUGCAAUUCGAUCGCAUAGAUGAGGCUGAAACAUUUUACAACAUGUUAGCUAGAGUAGCCGGAUUUAGUAUUCGAAAAGAUGAUUUGAAGCGAGACAAGAAUGGAGAUAUAAUAUCUCGAAAGUGGGUGUGUUCUAGAGAAGGACAGCGAGCGACAAAGUUUAUUGAAAAUGACAAGCGACAGCGUGAGCCACGAUCAUUGACUAGGGUUGGAUGUGAAGCUACAUUUCGUGUAGGCUUGAAUAGGAAAGAUGGAAAGUGGAUUGUAAAGGAAUUUAUAGGAUAUCAUAAUCAUAAUUUGGUCGAUGCUAUCAACACACAAUUCCUUCGGUCUCAUCGAACAAUAAGUAAUCUAGAAAAGGCACAAGUUGAUGUUUUGCGUAAAGUAGGUGUUAAAACCACACAAAUUAUGGACUAUAUGGUAAAACAAUCAGGGGGACAUGAGCACGUCGGUUUCACACAAAAAGAUAUAUACAAUCACGUUGAUGCAAUGCGUAGAAGUGAAAUUAAAGACGGUGAUGCAGAAGCGGCAUUGGCUUAUUUGUGUGGAAAGGCAGAAAUGGAUUCUUCAUUUUUUUAUAAAUUCAACAGUGAUGAAGAAAGUCGACUAGCAAAUUUGUUUUGGGCUGAUUCAACUGCUCGAAUGGAUUAUGCGUGUUUUGGAGAUGUCCUAGCAUUUGACACAACCUAUAGGACAAAUGCCUAUAAAAAGCCUCUAGUAGUGUUGGUCGGUGUUAAUCAUCACCAUCAAACUGUUGUAUUUGGUUGUGCGUUAUUGAUAGAUGAAAGUGUUGGGACAUAUGAAUGGGUGUUGGAGACAUUUCUUGAUGCAAUGAUGAAUAAGAAACCCAUAUCUGUCGUAACCGAUGGGGAUAAAGCUAUGUGUAAGGACUUCUCAAGGAUAUUUGCAAGGUGCAUGUUCAUGCGGGGGAAUGAAGAAGAAUUUGAAAAGGUUUGGCAUGAAAUGGUUGCAAAUUUGGGACUUAAUGAGAAUCGUUGGGUGACCGAGAUAUAUGGGAAACGUAAAAGAUGGGCAGAGGCGUAUUUACGUGGAAAUUUCUUUGGAGAGAUGAGAACCACACAAAGGUGUGAGAGUAUGAAUGCAUAUCUAAAUAGAUUCUUAAAAAUUCGCUUGCGACUGUAUGAGUUUGUACAACAAUUUGAUAGAGCCAUACUGAGAAUACGGCAAAACGAGGCAAAGGCAGAGUUCGAGUCGAACAAUUCUUCACCCGUGCUUUCAACCAAACUAGCCAUACUUGAAAAUCAUGUUGCGACGGUAUACACAAAAGAAUCUUUCCUUAAAUUUCGUGAGGAGAUGAAAAAUGCUGAGUUAUUCUUUGUGGUUGGUGUUGUAAGUGAUCAUUCAAUGCGGGCAUACACCUUAUCUAAGUUUAGACACCCGAACUUAAAUUGGGAAGUACAAUUUUGCCCGGAUAUUGUAACAUUAAAAUGCUCAUGCAUGAUGUUUGAGUCAAUUGGCAUCCCAUGUUGCCACAUGGUGGUGGUUAUGAAGGUGGAGCAUUUGGAAGAGAUUCCUCAGUCAUGUAUUAUGAAGAGGUGGACAAAGUUAGCAAAGGUGUAUACAAGAUCAGUACCAGUGAAUGAGACGGAUAACAACAUGGAUCAGUUUGUACGAUAUGGUUCAUUGAGUUCGAUGUGCAACAAGCUCUCCUACUUUGCGUCAGAUACGUCAUCUUCAUUUAUAGAGGCCAAAAAUGAAAUACAAAAUUUGACGGCGAGAAUGGAGGAACUCUAUAACUAUAAUUUGAAAAGGAAGAAAAUAGCAUCAGAUGGAGCGACCGGUACUAACCAAGUUCGUGAUCCAAAUAUUGUGAAGUCUAAAGGGAAUCCAGGCAAAGUGGCAAUGAAUGUUCAAAAGGGAAGACGAUGCAGUCGUUGUAAAAGAGUGGGUCACACAAUUCGAAAGUGUCCAGAAGCUACAAUCCCUCAAAAUGCUCAGUCGGGUUAUAUGGGAAUGUUAGGGGAACAGUUGCCGAAUGACCCAUCUGACAUGUACAUAGAUUGGGGUGAACUUAAUAAUGUAAGAUCGGGAAUGAAGAAACACUUUUGA